CCAUGGCGCACGGCGCCUUUAUAAAUGCCUACACUUCCACUGCAGUUCAUCCAAACCACUUGUUGCUGUCGGGUGUCGUGUGUGUGUGAGUGUGAAGGAAUCCGGUGAGAGCGCACGCGCUUGGCCGGAGACAGAGUGUGCGUCCGCUGUGGGAUUUAUCGAGUGCUGUGACAGGACAUGAUGAACACCGUGGACGCGCAGAUCCACCACAGUUCUGCCCCCGCCGCGAGUCCUCUCCAGUCCAAGAGCGCGCACGACGCGCCAGAGAUGGCUGUGUACUGCGACAACUUCGUUUACCACCAGCAGAGUGUAGCGAGCGCGCAAAGGCCAGCCGGUUACGGCCUCGGCGAAUACGCGGCUACCCCAAACCCUUACCUUUGGCUCAACGGUCCCGCAGUGAACUCCUCACCAUCAUACUUACACGGAAACAGCAGCCCGUCGUUUAUAUCUCCGUCAUACGGCUCCCAAAGGCAGUAUCUCGCCAACUCACCCGGCUUCGCUGGUCCUGACCUCGGCUGGCUCUCCAUCGCAAGUCAAGAGGAGCUGCUGAAGUUGGUGCGUCCACCCUACUCCUAUUCUGCUCUCAUUGCCAUGGCUAUCCAAAACGCGCACGAGAAAAAGCUCACGUUGAGCCAAAUCUACCAGUACGUGGCGGACAAUUUCCCGUUUUAUAAGAAGAGUAAGGCGGGCUGGCAGAACUCCAUCAGGCAUAACCUCUCCCUGAACGACUGCUUCAAGAAAGUUCCGCGCGAUGAGGAUGAUCCAGGAAAAGGAAACUACUGGACUUUGGACCCCAACUGUGAAAAAAUGUUUGACAACGGAAACUUCCGGCGAAAAAGAAAGCGCAGGUCAGAAGGGGGUACCGGGCUUUCGACUGGCACUAAAGCCGAGGAUGGCAGACCUAUUGCAGGUGUCAAGUCCUCUGAUAGCGCGCACCUGGGCGGGGCCGUGUCUCCGGAAAUAGACCCAGCAGCCAAUGAGAGCCAUAGAAGCGCGUCUCCAACGGCUCCUGCUUCAGCGCCUUGCUUCAACAGCUUCUUCAGCACCAUGUCUGGGAUGAGCUCGGCCCCGGGGCCAGCCGUUAGACAGGGCUCUCUGGGGCUAAUAAACGAGCUGUCCAGUCGGAACAUAAGCGCUCUAAGCCCGUAUCACGCCACCUCUGCGACCGACGCCGCGCCACCCGGGGAGCAAAAUGACCACACCGUGCACGCGGGUAGGCCCACGUACUCGAGCGCGUUCGGUGGCGCUCAAAGUGCGCAGUACAACGGCCACUUCUACAACAGCUUCAGCGUGAACAAUCUCAUAUACCCGAGAGAGGGCACGGAGUUAUAAUCACGGAACGCCCUUAAUAUGGCUUAGGACAGUUCUGAAUCUGGCCUUUCAAAGGCAUUUUCAUAAUUUAGCCUUGAAAUUAAAGCAGCUAUACCCCUGCAUAAAAUAUUCGGUACUAAAUUAAGCUUUACUGUGUUUAUUGUAUUAACUGGGACUUGUAUAAACACCAAAGGUUUACAGGUUAUUCAGCACGCCUAUAGUAGGUAUUACAUUAACACUUCAGAAAAUAAUUCAACACUGGAGAUGGUAAUUCAACACUGGACAGGGUAACACUGGGGAUUUCACUGUGUAACGGGGUGUAAGGCUAUAGCUCAGAUUGUGACAUACUUACACAUUAUACAGUGUAAAUGGCAUUGAGUCAAUGAAAAUAUGCAUUCAUGAUCGGUUAUGUACAUCUUGGAUUUACACGCCUUCCAGAUUUUUAGUCCAAACGUAUUUUUUUGUUGUUCAUGUUCUAGUUUAGAUCACUUACACUUGCAGCCUGUGGACCAAUACUUCGUUCAUUUAAUGCACUAAUGGUUGGUUGUGUUUCUGAGGAAACUUAGAAGAUACAGCCUAAACAUGUCUAAAUCCAAAAUUGUAAUCAGUGGGAAAUGGAAAUGGAUUGAUUUUUAAUCAUUAGUGUUCUCAGCUGUACCAUCCUUUCUCUCUAUCUCUAUCUCUGUCUCUUUUUACCACUGUGUUUGUAUUUUUGUACAUUAUAUAGUUAUUUUAAAAUAUAUAUUUAUAUUAAAUUAUGUAUUUUUGUAGUCUGUUUCAGAGGACAAAGAUAUAUUUUGUAUUUGGAUAAUAAGUUAUGAAGACAAAAGCAUUUCUGCAUACGGGCCACUUAGUUCAUCUUCUGGCUUUUGGAAAGUUUGUCCACAUUUUAAACCUCAAAUAACGGGACCCCUGUUUUUAAGAACGUGCAGAUAUUUCCCCUGUUUUUAAGAAAAUUGCAGUUUUUACACUUUUUUAAAUCUUUUGUAUAAUAAUAUUUGUUUAUUUUGAUGUUUGUAUUAUUAUGUAUUAUUAUUUAUGUGUUC